AUGUCAUUACUACCUAGUUGGUGUCCGGAAUAUUCACCUCUUAAGAUUAAUCCAGUGACAGGUUUAGAAGUUUACUGUACAUGUAAGAAGCCAGAUGAAGGUGAGCUAAUGGUAGGAUGUGAUGGUUGCGAUGAUUGGUUCCAUUUCAAGUGUCUUAAAGUCCCAGAGAAAUAUAGAAGACUCGUGGCGGCUUUCUACUGUCCAUACUGCCAAGCAGGUAUAACAGGUAAAGAUAAAGAUGAUACCAACAAACCUUUACCAAAGACUUUAUGGAAAAGGAAAUGUAGAGUAGAGAACUGUUACGAACCAUGCGCAGAAAAUAGUAAAUAUUGUUCUGAGGAACAUGGUUUACAAUAUAUGAGAAAUGUAGUUAAUCAAGGUAUGACAGGUAAUAAUGAAAAAAAUGCAGAUAUUGUAAGGAGAAUGUUGUCUGUAUCAGAAGGAAAUAGUAGCAUUUUCCAAAAUAUUGGGGAAGAUGCAUUUAUAGAUAAUAGCAUACCGACAGGUAUGGAUCCUAUGUUACAUAAAGAAGUUAUAGAGCAAGAUUCGGGAUUAAUGGAAUUGGUACAUUCUCAGGACCAAUGUAACAAUGUCACAAUGAAGGGUAUACAAGAACGUAUUACUAUUCUCGAUAAAUAUAUCGAAUGGGUGGAAGAUGUUAACAGCAAAUUGAAUUCCUCAUUGGAAUUUGAGAAUGGGAACAAUGACGAUAUAGCUGGGAGCUCUGUGAAAAAAACAACUAGUAAGAAAAGAAAAAGAAAGGGUGGUAAUAGGAAAAUAGUAGUAAGAAAAACAAUAUGUGGAUAUACUCCUGACGUAUCGUCUGUCCCAUGCACAUCCGAAGAAUUUGGGCAACUAUACAGGGAUGAAUCGUCUGAUGAAACUGCAACAGAAAUAAAAGGUGUGUGUACUAAAAUGAAAUGCCACAGGCACAACGACUGGAUGUCAAUUAACUCCGAUCAACUGCAGCAAGAAAUGGAGACAGCGGAGUCUAAUAAUGAAAGAUUGAUGGUUUUGAUAAAGAUACGGAAACGUCAACUAAAUUGCCAGUUCUACGAGCGUUUAUCUAAGUCACAUUCACAGGAUCAGCCUACACCGUCAUAA